CAGAGGAAGUGAGCGAGAGCCUCUCAUUCAUAAAAAAAAAGAAAGUUCAUUCAUAAAAGCUGCACAUUUCUGCUGUGGCUCAGAAAGAGAGGGGAGGAAAGUUGAUGUGGAGGUGAAGCAGAAGUGGAAGCCUGGCAACUGACUGAGAAAGUGUAUGUGUCAGUAGGACGGGACUGUACUCAGCAUGACUAGAGCGGAGCAGACUGGACUUUAGACUCCACAGGACAUCCCCAGUCCCACACUGUGCUCUCCUUUGUCCAGUUCCCCGAUUAUGAGAGAGCGAACCUUACCCAGGUUCAAAUCACAGACAGGACACUUACCAGGCAUGCUGAAGCGCACCAAAUACAGUCGUCUGCGUAACGAUUCGCUGACGUCUCUGGAGGAUCGGCCCCAAAGAAUGCUGCCCCUAAAGAGGGACCUUUGCUUAGACUCUGAUUUUGCCCAGCUGGAUCCCGGGACGCCUACACACCAUGGGCCGUCCACCCUGAGGGACUUCAUCCCCCGUGUGGCCAACAUACGAUUGCAAAGUCCUAUUUCCCUGCGGGAUCUGAGGGGACAGGCAAACACAGCUGAGGACAGAGCCACUAAUGGGCACACUGGCAGACCUUUGUCCAGAACAGAGUGCAACUCAGGGCCUAAUCAGAGAUUUUGUAGUCAACCUUCCCUCAAUGUGCCCCUAUCGACUGGCCAAAACCUAACUCACUCAGCUCUGCGCUGCACAAAAAGACCCAUCACCCUGCAUCGGAUGGCCAGCCUCCCCUGGACCCCCAACUGUCCUCAUUGCUCACAUCACAGAGAUGGUCUGUGCUGUUGGAAGACUUCCUCUGCAGUAGAUGACUGUACAGUGGUGCGGACAGCAAACAGAGCAGUUCACCAUCACAUCAAGUACAUGGGUAGUGUGGAGGUGACCCAGUCCAUGAGAACCCUUGACUUUGAUGCCAGAAUGCAAGUCACACGAGAGGCAAUCAGCAGACUGUGUGAGAGGACAUCAGCCAAGACAGCAGUGAAAACUAAAAGGCCUGUAUGCAAGGGACUGUCUGCUGUUCUGGGUCAAAUCAACCUACAGUUUUCUGGGAGUAGGGUCAUCCUCGCUGUUUCCACAGACAGUGUGACUCUGAUUGCUGCCUCUUCCCUACAGAAGAUUGCCCAUCACCCAAUGCAGGCUAUUUCAUUCGCCUCUGGAGGAGACCCAGAUAUGGCAGAUUACAUUGCUUAUGUUGCCAAGGAUCUCUUCAACCAGAGAGCCUGUCACAUCCUGGAGUGUCCCCAGGGUGGGGCCAGUGAGGUUAUCAACAGCAUCGGUCAGGCCUUUGAGACUCGUUUCCGACAACUUCUCAGCCACUCGCCAUCGCUCCCCUCCAACAAUCCCAGGUCAUCAGUGAGAAUCUGUCACAAAUGGAGCCCAGAGGAGACAAUAACAGACCAAAAGGCCAAGCAGGAAGGUGAAGUCAGCAAGCAUCCUGACUACUACAAUGUGGUCCCAGGAAAAAUGCCACCCCAUGGUGGCAUAGAGGACCUGCGGCUCACAAGGGAGGAGAACAAACAGGAUACUGACACACAGGGGGUUUGUUCGGCUCAGACUGUUUCACUCUAUGAGAACUGCUCCAUCACAGAAGAAACUCCAGCUCCACCUGCAGACUCAGUGAAAUCUGAGGUCAGUGCUGAAUGGUGUACUCCUUUCUGUGAGACACGAAUCCAGGACCUGAUCCAGGAGGAGGACUGGUUCCACGGCAGGUUAGCAAGAGAGCAGGCGGAGUCACUGCUCACCUGUAGUGGGGAUUUCCUGGUCAGAGAGAGCAGCUCUGCCACUGGUCAGUAUGUACUCAGUGGUAUGGAGGGAACCACCGUGCGCCACCUGCUGCUGGUUGAUCCACAUGGACAGGUGAGGACCCGUGAUCAGGUGUUCCUGAGUGUUGGUCACCUGGUGCGUUUCCACAUGGAGAACCAGAUGCCCAUUGUGUCUGGAAGCAGUGAGCUGUGUCUGAAACAGCCAGUCCUACAAAGUCACUAACACACUUGCACACUGUCACAUGCAUACAUCAGCCUUCAGAAGCAGUUCUCAACACUUUUUGGAGCUGAGGCUCAAUGUGCACAAGCAAGAAAAGUUUCAAACACUUUUAGCUACUUGGAAAUCUGACAUCACUUCCCAGAAAAUUCUAUUAUUUAAACAUGUUGUAUAUGUGGAGUGAAUUGUUUGAUUUUUCUAAGAUUUGAGUAAAUCCUCAAACACUUUGUGCCUCGCCCUGUGUUGAGAACAGCCGCUGAUCUGCAGAACAUCCUGUCUCUGUCUCUCGGGCUGAAUGUUCUGGUGUUUACUCACCAUCACUGGUGUCGGGAGGAAAUUACCAGAAUGUUGGCAGACUUUCAGAAUAAUUUUUUACAGGCUAAAUUUGUCUUGUGUUCAUUGGUUUUGAUAUGUUAUUGUUUUGUCUCCAUUUCCCAUGCAUGACUUUUGAAAAUAGCUGUUCAUUCCUCUUAUUUGUUACAUUCUGUAUAUGGUAUUCAAAUGCUGUUUGUAACCAGAAUCUACCGAAACAGAUUUGCAGUUUAGUCUCAGAUAAGCUGGCAAAUAUGCAAAUAGUAAUGUCUUUGUUCUUUGUAAAAUCUUUGUUCCCCAUAAAGUGUAAUC